AUGCAGACGCGUUGGCUACUUUUCCUGCCAGUGCUGCCUGCAGUACUGGCACAGGGAGCGAAUGACACGCUGCUAUGGGGCGCGUACCGACCGAACCUGUACUUUGGGCUUCGUCCUCGAAUUCCAGAGUCGCUAAUGACUGGGAUGAUGUGGUUCGGGACACAAGACUUCAUGUCUAUCGGAAACAGCUAUACCUGGACGGAAUAUGAUCCAAGAGAAGGCGGUGUACAGGUUCUGAAAGACAGCUUCAACAAUGUGAAAAUAACAACAGAGUUCCUCAAGAUCCCUGGCGGACUUCAUGGAGGAAGUUGGGCUGCACGAAUUCGUGGAGAACCUCUACGCCCAGAGGACCCGUCACGUAUCUCCGUCAUCUAUUAUGCUGGUCUUGAGGGACUGGGAAACCUUGGAAUGGAAACGGACGAGAGAGAGAACGGUAUUGACGGGGAGGUUGAAUUCAGCGGAAACACGAUUGAACUCGGGGACUUCACCCUUCGAGUAGUGGAUGGUCCGGACAACAAAUACAUCAAGGACGGCGCUCAUUAUGAGGAUUUCAAGAGGUCCGUUGAAAAGACCCAGUUCCUUGGGAGGGCAGUGGAGCGCGGCAACAUCUGGAAGGCGAAAGAUAUUAUUAUUGCCGCAAUGGCUGAGAAGUUCCGUGAAGUAAUGCCAGCCUACCAACCCGAUUUCCCCAACCCCGGAUAUGUCCUCACUCUUCCGAACGAUGUCUAUACGAACAGCAACUUUUUCGCCGUUCAGAAAACCUUUGACGGCCCAUUCCAAUUCGACGUCCUGUUCGAGAGCGGAAGCGCCAAACAGAAGCUUAGCUCAUCCACUCUAGACGAAGGAAUCCCGGCCUUGAUUGAAGCUUACAACCAACGCUUCAGGGCCACUCUCCCCCAUCCCGCCGACUAUCCAACUGAGAAACAAUCAUCCUUGGAGGCCUUUUCCAAAGCAGUGACUUCCAACCUCAUUGGCGGAGUUGGCUAUUUCUAUGGAAACUCCAUUGUGGACAGGAAGUUCUCCUAUGAAUGGGACCAAGAUGAGGACGCUGGAGACGAUGACGACGCGAAACCCAGCGGUUCACACCUUACAGAACCCAAGUCACUACUCACUGCCACUCCCAGUAGGAGUUUCUUCCCUCGAGGAUUCUACUGGGACGAGGGCUUCCAUCUCUUGCAUAUUGGGCAGUGGGACAAUGACUUCAGUCUUGAAAUUUUGAAAGAUUGGAUCAAUCUCAUCGACGACAAUGGAUGGGUAGCUCGGGAACAAAUUCUCGGCGAAGAAGCCAGAAGCAAGGUCCCUGUAGAGUUCCAAACUCAGGUACCCAACUACGCCAACCCCCCGACACUAGUAACGGUCGUCGCAGCAUUCAUCGAACGGUUGAAGUCUGUCAAUGCCAACCGCGGCCCUUCUGACGAAGAUCUCGGGAUGGGUAUGGGAGGUGCACAGACACCACUCGGAGUCCAAGAUGAAGCAACCCCUGUACCCGGAACUCAGCAUUUGCAAGACCAAGAGCUGGCCUUCUCCUACCUCAAGUCUAUCUACGCACCAUUGAAGCGACACUAUGAGUGGUUCAGACGUACACAGCGUGGUCAGAUCAAGCAGUAUGGUCGAAAAGCUCGUUCGCGAACGGAGGGUUACCGAUGGCGCGGACGAACUGAAGAGCAUGUUUUGACCAGUGGCAUGGAUGAUUAUCCUCGUGGCCCUCCUCACCCGGGAGAACUUCACCUCGACUUGAUUUCGUGGAUGGCAUUCUUCUCCCGGACCAUGAAAGAUAUCUCUGGAUUCAUUGGUGAGAAGGAGGACCAAGCCAACUUCGCCAAAUACGAACGUGCUAUUCUCGACAACAUUGAAGAUCUGCACUGGAAUGAGGAGGAAAACAUGUACUGCGAUGUCGGUGUAAACGAGGAUGAUGAGUCCUAUCACAUCUGUCACAAGGGCUACCUCUCGCUCUUCCCCUUCCUCCUUUCACUCCUUCCGCCGGACUCUCCCCACUUGGGUUCUAUCCUUGAGCUCGUCAGGGAUCCCGAACACCUCUGGUCGUCUUACGGCAUCCGUAGUCUCUCCGCUUCUCAUCCUCAAUUCGGCAAAGGCGAGAACUACUGGAAGGGCCCUAUCUGGAUUCAGAUGAACUACCUCGCUCUGAGUGCUUUGCAUAAGACAUAUGCCGCUCAACCGGGCCCGUACCAGGAGAGAGCUCAGGAGAUCUACAAAGAGCUCCGCAGGAAUGUUGUAGACAAUGUUGUCAAGGUUUGUCCACAUGCUUCACGUCGCUUCUGCUUGGAUGACCCAUACAUGAUCCCGCAGGAAUACGAGCGAACUGGUUACGUCUGGGAACAAUACAACCCUCUCACAGGAGAGGGUCAAAGGAGGCAUGUCCCGUUGGAUCUCUGUUGCCAACAUCGUUGCUGA